AUUGGUGCGAAUGGACCGCCCGCAGUCGUCGGAGCGGGGGCCGGUGGUGGCGAUCGAGUGCGUUGCGGGGAGCUCCAAGGCGGAGGAGUGGGGUGGGGACAUGCUGCAGACCGGGGACGUGGUGGAGGAGAUCAAGAUCGGGGGGUCCCCCGCCGUCCACUCCCCGUUCAAGGGCGGGAGGAGCGGGGUCCAGAAGCUGCUCCACUCGGCGUUCAAGCGCGGGGACACGUCCAUCGAGGUGAGGGUCCAACGAUGUGGCGGCGAGGCGGCCGAGCUCCAGGCCUGCAUCGUACCCCACAGCCCGGCCGGGCGGCGCCAGUACGUGCUCCGCUCCAUUCGCGACCCCAACUACGCCGUCGGGUUCGUCGACCGCAUGGUGAGCGAGUGCGUGGCGUUGCAAGGCUCAAGGAGCUCAAGGGUGGUCUGUGCACUGAGCACUGCCAAGGUUCAGGAUGGAUAUGUACCGUACAAUUGGGAAAAAAAGAUGAAGGAAUUUCUUCCAGUGCCCAACUCAAGCUGCUUCCUCUCAAUGCUGGUACUUCCAAAGGCGCUGGACCUGGUUGCUUCUCGUUACAAUUGCCUUGAGGACACCUUGGCCCGUGCAAACACUUGGCUCUUCGCUUCUCAGGCUUCAGGAGUCCCCAUUGAAUUCAUGAAUGUCCAGACUGAGGCUCUCUUAACCAAGAUAUCUGGUGAGACAGCAUCUGCAACCGUGAAUAGUGGAUCAUUAUCGGAUCUUUCAAAUCUUGCAAACGUUAGCCUCUAUGGGUUUGAGGACUACCAUGGGGUUGACAUUGGAGUGGUCAGGGCAGUUAGGCUUUGGUUCACCCCAGCUGCUGGGGAACUGGCAGUAGAUAUUAAACUUCAAGAAGGUGAUACGAAACUGGGAUUUGCGAUCAGUUGCACCGAAGAGGGUUUCAUCUACAUUUCCUCAGUGGAUGAUACGGAUGAUGAAGCAGCUUCCACACGAUCAGGGCUUCGAGAUAUGUUCAGACAAGCAAGAAAUGCAGACAAGCUGCUGGUGAUCUCGAGGGUGUCAAAUGAAAAAGUUCUCCCUUGGAUGGUGUCUUCUGCUGGAGCAAUUCGCUGCUUUGAUACCAUCUCAAUCAGCCAGAAGCUCUCCUUGCAUAGGCAUGCUCUGAAGCCAAUUCGAAUACAUGUUCUGAUGUGGGAGCAACCAUCGGCUUAUGAGUUCGCAGAGUAUAAAGCUGCAGCACCAAUUUCUCUUCCGUUACCUCCAUCGACAGCUGAUGCAUUCGAGACGGGGUUUGAGAGGGACACUGCUGGUGAUGUGUCGUUCAGGUUCAAUGAAAUUUCCCGAUCAAAUGGCUGGGUGUGACCAUACCCUUUGCACAGAGUAGUUUCAGUUAGUGAGUUGAGAGCUGGUCUUUUCAUAGUCUCUGUAGUUGCUUCAAUUUCUACACCUAGUUGAAGCACCUUUACGUCGCGUGUGAGUUGUGCUGAUUGGUCUUAGUUCAGAAAUUAUGACAUGGUUUACAGGAAGAUGUUCUCUAAUACUGCUAUAUGCUUGUCUAAAGUUCAAAUCUUUUCACCUUGUUU